UCAUCACCCUCCCUGCUGGUCUGCCACUGGUCCUUGCUUUCUUUCUUGCUCUCUUUCCCUCCUCCCCAUCCGUCAUGCCAGGCGUGGAGGAGGGCAGCUUUCUGCAGAGCUGAAAGAGACAGCAAUCUGCCAGUUUGGCUUCAGAGGCAGGCAGAGAAAACACUCAGGCACUGAGGAGGAGAAGGAGACCAGCUGAAAGCAUCUCCUUUUGCUGCCUUUGGGACCAUAACCUGCUUCUUCUUCUCUCUGGAGUAAUUUAACAGGGGUCUCCAAAUCUUGGUUUGGAAACAGCCAUGGCUGAGAUGCCUUUCUCCCUGGUGCAGCUCCUUCUCCUCUGCUUGCUAGGCCUGGCCUGCCUUUGGUUGCCUCCAGCUUCCUCUCGGAGACCCCCACGGCCUCCACCGUGCCCCCCGAGCUGCUCUUGCACCCGGGACACCGCCUUCUGCGUGGACUCCAAGGCCAUCCCCAAGAACCUACCUCGAGAUGUCAUCUCACUGACCCUGAUAAAUGCGCACUUCAGUGAAAUCAAAGAAGCUUCCUUCGCUCACCUUCCGUUCUUGCAGUUCCUGUUGUUGAACUCCAACAAGUUCACCAUGAUCCGGGACAAUGCCUUCAUGGGACUCUCGCACCUGCAGUACCUGUUCAUAGAGAACAACGAAAUCCAAGCCCUGUCGAAAAACACUUUCCGUGGACUCAAAUCCCUGACGCACCUGUCUUUGGCCAACAACAAUCUACAGACGUUGCCAAGGGACCUCUUGAAGCCCUUAGACAUCCUCAGUGACUUAGACCUCCGUGGCAAUGCCCUGAUUUGUGACUGCAACACCAAGUGGCUGGUAGAGUGGAUGGAAAGCACCAACACCAGCGUCCCAGCCAUCUUCUGUGGAGGUCCCCCGCGGUACCAAGGCCAGAAGAUCCGGGAACUGCCACUCAAGGACUUUGACUGCGUCACGACUGAUUUUGUGGUGCAUCAGGUCCUGCCUUUCCAGUCUGUGUCUGCAGAGCCCUUCUUGUAUGCCAGCGAUCUCUAUGUGGCUUUGGCCCAGCCUAGCUCCAGCAGCUGUGCCAUCCUCAAGUGGGAUUAUGUCGAGCGCAAGUUGCGGGAUUUUGACCGUAUCCCUGCCCAUUCAGCUGUCUAUUGUAAGCCGAUUGUGGCCGAGUCCCAGCUGUACGUCGUAGUGGCCCAACUUUUUGGAGGCUCCUACAUUUACCGCUGGGACACCAACAUCGACAAGUUCAUCAAGAUCCAAGACAUCGACAGCCAAAAGAUCCGCAAGCCCAAUGACAUCGAGGCCUUCCAGAUCGAAGGCGAGUGGUUCUUCGUCAUCGCUGACAGCUCCAAGGCCGGUUCCACCAGCCUCUACCGCUGGAACCAGAAUGGCUUCUAUCCCCACCAAGAUUUGCACUCAUGGCACCGGGACACAGAUGUGGAGUAUGUGGAGAUCGAGGGCAAGCCCCGGCUGAUCAUCUCCAGCAGCUCCCAGGCCCCCAUCAUCUACCAGUGGAAUCGGGCCCAGAAACAGUUCAUCCACUUGGGCGACGUGGCGGAGGUGAUGGACGUCCAAAUGGUCAAGCAUUUCCGGAUCAAGAGGGACAACUACUUGUGCCUGAGCCGCUACAUUGGGGACUCCAAGGUGGUCAAGUGGGAGGGUCAGCGCUUCACGGAGGUGCAGACCCUGCCUUCCCGGGGAUCCAUGGUCAUGGAGCCUUUCCGAGUAGCUCAGCGCCAGUACAUGGCCCUGGGCAGUGACUUUUCCUUUACCCACAUCUACCUGUGGGACGAAGAGAAGCAGAGGUUCAACAAAUUCCAGGAACUCUCUGUCCAAGUCCCCCGCGCUUUCCGCCCCAUCCCUUUAGAGGACAUGAAUAUCCUGCUGGCCCCAAGCUUCAAGGGGAACACUCUGGUUUACAAGCAUAUUGUGGUAGACCUCAGCUUGUAAGCAAGUGGGACAUUGCCCUUCCUUACACCCCACUAGACACCACCCGUUCUUCCACGAAAGGUGUCCUCCUGCAUCGAAUGGCACCUUGGCACUAUAACUGCUUGGAGCAAGGCUGCUUACUCACUGUCCUCCCUGAAUCCCUUCCACUUGUAUAUCAGGGGUAGUCUUAAUGAUGGAGCCAAUGGAACACUGCCAGCCUAAUCUCCAACACCCUUGUAAGGGAGACCUUGCAAAGGAGUAGGCUGGGUAACACAGUAGAUGGAGUGGGCUCCAUCUCAAGUGACCCCUUGGUUAAGCCUUUGGGGACUUUGCCUCCCAGAUCCCAAUGUGCAUCAGCAACCACCUUCUCUUUAUGAUGCACAGUCUUCUGCACUGUAUGAAACUGACCUAAUAUCAAUGCUCUCUCCUUGUUGGCUUGGCUGUGUAUACAACAGCACCCUGCUCGAUGCCUCCAUGUUUUUGCACUACAGACUGUGUUUUCUUGGUCGAACCGUGUUCAGAUCUUGCUGCCCAAAUUUGAGCAGUGGAAUAUCUGCACCAUCACAGCUGGUGCUUGGAAAGGUUACAUUUUUUAGUCUCAAUGCAUUUCCCCAGUUAGUAAGGAUGGUGACUAUGCUGGCUGAGAAGGUUGUGGAAGUCGUGGGCCAAAAAAGUAACUUCUCCAAGCUUUGCCGAUACCUGGUUGGACAACCUUGACAUCGGCACAGAUGGAUUUUGUAAGCGAUCCCUUGAAACAGCAUUUGGGGAUUCACAGGCCUGGAUUCCAUUAACAGUGGAAUUCAUUGUGUCCUUAAAGUGCAUCCACAGCAGACGUUUAUUUUGGAAUGGACACUCUUUGCUCAUUCACUUUCGCAGGAAAUCUACACAACAGUGUCACCAAAGCUUUCUUCUUCUGUCCUUUCCCCCUCAUGCAUCCUCUCCGUUUCCUUGCAGACCUUCAUAAAAUCUGAGGACUUUUAUCACACAAGGCUGCCAAAGCAGAAUUACAGCAGGACAGUAGCAUCUGUGGCCAUACCUUAUCACACAACAUUGUGUGUGUCCUGUAGCUGCUUUGCCUUCCAUCCAUUCCUGGAUCACUCCUUUUCAUUGAUGGGAAAGCCCAUCAUUGAUUAACGUGUGAUAAGUUCCUUCUGCUACAGUUCCAAUAUGCAGGCAGUUAUAUGAUGCAAGUGGGCAUGAUUCUGCUCCUCUCCCCUUUCCUCCUUGCCAUUUGCAAACAGGAUGUGUUUCUCUCCCUCAAUUUAUUUUCUUUUUUCUUUUUAUUUAAUCAAUUGCUGUGACUUUGCAAUUGAAAAUUUAAAAAAUACAGGGCAAAAUACACGCUAAGAAGGUCACAGGGCAGGAAAGUGGGGCUACAAAGGCCAGCAUACAGAAGAUAGAGCCUGGGACCAUAGCAGCACCAUGAAGAGCUGCGUGAAAAUGGCUGUCUCCAACCCAGUAUGUUUGUGUUUCCUACACUAAUGGGAUUGUGGCAUCUUAUCAGCCUGGUGUGAUAAAGUUCUGACUGUUUUGGAGAAGGGAUUAAAAGAGCAGUGGGGAUGCCACAGUCCAAAGCACUUGAUGACACUGUGCCACAAUCCUGUCCUGAAAGCAACAUGGUUCUUUUGCGUGUGGUGGUGUUUUGGAUGCAUGCUCUCUAUGGUUCCCCUCUUUCACAUCAACACACCUUCACAACCACCUUUCCAGUCACUGCCAUUUUCGGAGAACAUCCCCCCCCCCCAAAAAUCACAUUUUAAUUUGUUCUAAACAUUUGUUCACUGACAUCAGCAAUGAUCAAAAUAACGACUCAACGGCACUUAAAUAAUAAAUAAGGGGUAAAUUAACUCGUGUGUACGGGUGUGUAUGUGCAAAUUAAACACUGUUUUAAUGUUCA